UAUCUAUAAUGAUGGUUAACAAUGAAAUUGGUGUGAAACAACCAAGUAAAGAAAUUGGUCAAAUUUGUCGUUCGAAAAAUGUUUUCUUUCAUACAGAUGCUGCGCAAGCAAUUGGAAAAAUUCCCCUUGAUGUUAAUGAAAUGAAUAUUGAUCUGAUGAGUAUUUCAGGUCAUAAAAUUUACGGUCCAAAGGGUGUAGGUGCUUUGUAUGUACGUAGAAAGCCAAGAGUUAGAGUUGAGGCUCUACAAAGUGGUGGUGGGCAAGAAAGAGGAUUGAGGAGCGGAACUGUACCUACACCGUUAGUCGUAGGGUUGGGUGAGGCUUGCAGAAUCGCUAAGGAAGAAAUGGAGUAUGAUGACAAACGUGUUAAAAAACUUUCACAGAGACUAGUUGACGGAAUCAUGGCAAAAGUUCAACACGUAGUUCGCAAUGGUGAUCCAAGUUCGGGUUAUCCAGGCUGCGUAAAUCUCUCAUUUGCCUAUAUUGAGGGCGAGUCACUUUUAAUGGCACUUAAAGAUAUUGCACUUUCUUCUGGUUCAGCAUGUACUUCUGCAUCCUUGGAGCCCUCAUAUGUUUUACGUGCAUUAGGUGCCGAUGAUGAUAUGGCACAUUCAAGCAUCAGAUUUGGUAUAGGAAGAUUUACUACGGAAGAGGAAAUUGAUUUUGUUGUGAACAAAGUUGCACAACAUGUUGACAAAUUAAGAGAAAUGUCACCACUCUGGGAAAUGGUUCAAGAAGGCAUAGAUUUGAAGUCAAUUCAAUGGAGUCAGCAUUAA